AUGGAAGUGACAGACAUAAAUGAUUUGUUGAAUGUUAGGAGUAUAAAAAUGGAAACUGGAGAUAAUACUUUUCCAGAGGAUAGUGAGUGCGUUGAAACCGAUCCUCUUUCUAUAAUGCCACAGUAUGUGACCGAGUCAGAUUUAGGCCUUUUGCAAACUGGUACUGAAAUACUUGAAGCCCCAUUAGCUGCUUUCACAGACACUCCGGAUGAUGAUGAUACUAUGCAAAGUACUGAUUCGAGCGAAGAAGUUAUAGUGCAACUCAUGGACAUAAGGACUAGGUUGUCUCGACUGAGGUCAAUGUUAGAAAGACGUUUGAAUAUGGACCUAUCUGAUUAUACGUUCUGGCUUCAAGAUGCUAAAAUGUUGGAAAAUCACAAAACGUUAGUGGAACAGUGUAUCAGAGGAUCUGGUGUAGUACAAGUGAACAUUCAGAUACGAGCGUCCCAGAAGAAAAUAAACAUAAUGGAUGUUCUAAAACCUGAUGAAGAGUUAUUGCAACUUCCACCGGAGGAGGACUACAUAGAGGAGGUGCCCCAGCAAGAGGUGCAGUCGCAGUCGGAGGCGGAGCCGCCGCACGCGGCCGCCGUGCGGUGGGUGGUGGACGCGCACUUCCGCGCCGACCGCGGCCGCGCGCGCGUGCCCGACGACCCCGCGCUGUGGUCGGUGCAACACGUGAAGUUGUGGAUCCAGUGGGCGGUUCGCCAGUUCAAUCUCGCCGGCGUCAAGCUCUCCGACUGGAGCAUCAGCGGGACCGAGCUGUGUAACAUCACUAAUGUCGAUUUUAAAGAGAAGGUGCCAUCGGAUCCCGGCGAUUUGUUUUGGACGCAUUUUGAACUUCUAAGGAAAUGUAAAUUUAUAGCGGUAGUGCAAACCGAUGAGCAACCACCCGCAGUGGAGAAAGAUACAUUAGUGUUGCCACAGUCCGCCAUUAAAAAAAAACCUAAACAGUUAAUAAUCCGUCAGUCGCAAGAGGAGGACAACUACCAGUACGUGAGCAACCGCAACGGCAACAACGGCCAGAUACAGCUGUGGCAGUUCCUGCUCGAGCUGCUCACCAGCGCUGAAUACUUCGACGUCAUCAGGUGGCAUGGCACAGAAGGAGAAUUCAAAUUGCUAGAACCCGAACGAGUGGCCCGACUUUGGGGCAAAAGGAAGCACAAGCCCGCCAUGAACUAUGAAAAGCUUUCGAGAGCACUACGAUACUACUACGAUGGAGAUAUGAUAGCGAAAGUCGCUGGUAAACGAUUUGUAUACAAAUUCGUGUGUGAUUUACGUCAGCUGCUCGGCUACGGCGCGGACGAGCUCGCAAAGCUGGUGAAGGAGGUGUACGACACCAUAUCUGAGGAAAAUCUUAAUAUUACC